AUGAAAAUCGACACGUCUGAUGGCGAGACCAUUGACGAAAGCCUUUAUUCGAGACAACUUUACGUUCUCGGUCACGAUGCUAUGAAAAAAAUGAGUCACUCUAACGUUCUCAUCAUCGGUUGUCGCGGUUUGGGUAUAGAAAUUGCCAAAAAUGUUUGUUUGGCAGGCGUUAAGAGUGUUACCAUUUAUGACCCUCAACCUACUCGUAUGGAAGAUCUUUCUACUCAAUACUUUUUGCACGAGGACGAUAUUGGAAAACCACGUGCUGAGGUCAGUGUUCCUAGAUUGGCUGAAUUGAAUGAAUACGUGCCCGUUAAGGCAAUCACAGAUAUUUCGCUCGAAACUCUCAAAAACUUCCAAUGCAUUGUGGUUACCGAAACGACGUUAACGAAACAAAUUGAAAUUAAUGACUUUACCCAUCAAAAUGACAUCGCUUUUAUCUCCACAGACGCAAGAGGCCUUUUCGGUUACAUUUUCUGCGAUUUUGGAAAGUCUUUUGUGUGCACGAAUACUGAUGGAAAUGAGCCUUUGACGGGCCUAAUUGCCGGCAUUGAUGAGACUGGCCUGGUAACUACUCUCGAGGAAACUCGUCAUGGCUUAGAGGAUGGUGACUAUGUCAGAUUCUCCGAGGUGAAGGGCAUGGAUGCAUUGAACCAAUCUCAACCUUUGAAGGUCUCCGUUAAGGGCCCUUACACUUUUUCUGUGGGACCCCUUGAGAAUAUGGGUACUUACAUUUCCGGUGGUUCUUUUGUUCAAGUAAAGAUGCCUUUGAAAAUAGAAUUCCGUUCUUUGCGCGAUUCUCUUGCCGAGCCCGAAUUUGUCUACUCCGACUUUGGUAAAAUGGAUCGUCCUCCUCAACUGCAUGUUGGUUUCCAAGCAAUUCUCGCCUUUGCCGAAGAAAAUGGCAGCCUCCCUCGCCCCCGCAACGAAGAAGACGCCGCGAAGGUACUUGCUCUUUCUGAAUCCAUUGCGAAGAAACUCAAGCUUGACGUUGAACUUGACAAGAAGCUCAUCUACGAGCUUUCUCAUGAAGCACGCGGUGAUUUGGUUCCGAUGACCGGUUUUAUUGGUGGUAUUGUUGCCCAGGAAGUCUUGAAGUCUUGUACUGGCAAGUUCUACCCUAUCAAACAAUACUUCUAUUUCGAUUCACUUGAGAGUCUGCCCUCUUCAGUUGAGCUGACCGAAGAGGAGUGCGCACCCAUUGGCAGCCGUUAUGACGGUCAAAUCACAGUGUUCGGUAAGAAGUUCCAAGCCAAAUUAGAAAACCUAAAGCAAUUUUUGGUUGGUGCUGGUGCUAUCGGUUGCGAAAUGUUGAAGAACUGGGCUAUGAUGGGUGUUGGCGCUGGUCCCAAUGGCCACGUUUUUGUGACCGAUAUGGACUCCAUCGAAAAAUCAAACUUGAAUCGACAAUUUUUGUUUCGUCCUAAGGACGUUGGAAAGCACAAGUCUGAAUGUGCCGCGACUGCAGUUGGUAUCAUGAAUGCUUCCAGCAUAGGUUCCAUUACGGCUUACCAGGAGCGUGUUGGUCAAGAAACAGAGAAUAUUUUCAACGAUGACUUCUUUGAGAAUCUUGACAUUGUUACUAACGCUCUUGAUAACGUUGAUGCUCGCCAAUAUAUGGAUCGUCGUUGCGUCUUUUUUCAGAAGCCAUUGCUUGAAUCGGGUACCCUCGGUACCAAGGGUAACACCCAAGUUGUUUUGCCCUUCUUGACCGAAUCCUACAGCUCUUCUCAAGAUCCUCCUGAGAAGUCAUUCCCCAUUUGCACUCUCAAGAACUUUCCUAAUCAAAUUGAGCACACUAUCGCAUGGGCUCGUGACUUGUUCGAGGGUUUGUUUAAGCAACCUAUUGACAAUGUCAACUUGUACUUAAGCUCCCCUAACUUUUUGGAGACAACGUUGAAGACCAGCAACAAUCCUCGUGAGGUGCUCGAGAGCAUUCGCGAUCACUUGGUCACUGAUAAGCCUCUUUCCUUUGAAGAGUGUAUCGUUUGGGGCCGUAUGCAAUUCGAGAAGUACUUCAACCACAACAUUCAGCAACUGCUCUUUAACUUUCCUAAGGAUUCUGUGACUUCCAGUGGACAACCGUUCUGGUCGGGCCCGAAAAGAGCCCCCACACCGCUUGUCUUUGAUGCUCACAACCCUCUUCAUUAUGAUUUCGUAAUCAACGCUGCUAACCUGUAUGCAUACAAUUAUGGUUUGAAGGGAGAGGCGAGUCCUGAUGUUGUGGAGAAGGUUCUUUCCUCUAUCGAAGUCCCUUCCUUCACUCCCAAGUCUGGUGUUAAGAUUCAGGUGAAUGAAACUGAUGAGGUUCCACAGGAAACUUCCGCUGACGAGAGUGAGUUGAAGACUAUCGUGGAUUCCUUACCUGCUCCUUCUAGCUUGGCUGGUUACCGUUUGAAUCCUUGUGAAUUUGAAAAGGAUGAUGACUCCAACCAUCACAUUGAUUUUAUUACUGCAGCUUCCAACCUGCGUGCUACCAAUUACCAAAUUAAGCCUGUCGACCGCUUUAAGACCAAAUUCGUUGCCGGAAAAAUUGUCCCUGCUAUGUGUACAUCUACUGCAGUUGCUUCUGGUUUGGUCAAUUUAGAGCUCUACAAAGUGGUAGAUGGUAAGAAGAACUUGGAGGACUAUAGUAAUGGUUUCUUCAAUCUUGCUAUUAGUCUUUUUACCUUCUCCGAUCCUAUUGCCUCGCCAAAGUUGAAGGUGAACGGCAAGGAGUUCGACAAAAUUUGGGAUCGUUUCACUAUUCCGAACAUCACCUUACAAGAGCUUAUUGAUAAGUUUGCGCAAGAGGAAAAGCUGGAGAUCACCAUGCUUUCGUCUGGUGUUUCAUUGCUUUACGCAAGUUUCCAUCCCCCAAAGAAACUUGCUGAGCGUUUGCCCUUAAAGAUUUCUGAUCUCGUGGAAUCUGUAUCUAAGCAGAAGAUUGACCCUAGUGUCAAGAAUCUGAUUCUUGAAGUUUGUUGUGAUGAUGAACAGGGAGAGGAUGUCGAGGUACCGUUUAUUUGUGUCAAGCUUUAA